AUGAAACUCGGUGCAAUGGGGUCGUGCCGCUUGCCCCCGGCCAUCGCGGCCGCCGCGCUGGCCGCGGCUGCGCUGCUGGUGCUCUUCCGCGCCUCCCCGUACGGGCUCGCCUACCCCCGCGCGGGCGUCCAGCCAGGGCCGCCGCUCGUGGCGAGGGGUCCCGGGAGCCCGCCCUCCUUCGCGUACUGGAUAUCCGGCACGGGCGGAGAGGGCCGCAGGGUCCUCAGGCUGCUCAGGGCGGUGUAUCACCCGAGGAACCGGUACCUGCUGCACCUGGACGCGGGGGCGUCGCGGGACGAGCGGACGGAGCUGGCCGCCGCUGCGCGGGACGAGGCGGCGUGGAGGGAGUUCUCAAACGUCGACGUGGUAGGGGAGAGCUACGCGGUAGACAGGACGGGCUCCUCGGUGCUCGCCGCGGCGCUGCACGGCGCCGCCGUGCUGCUCAGGAUUGGGGCUGACUGGGACUGGUUCGUCACGCUCAGCUCCUGGGACUAUCCUCUCGUCACGCAGGACGAUCUCUUUUAUGCAUUUUCUUCUGUACCAAGGCACCUCAACUUUAUUGAUCACACAAGUAACCUCGGAUGGAAAGAGCAUGAAAGGUUUGAAAAACUUAUUGUCGACGCAAGUCUAUAUAUGGACAAGAAUACCCAGCCCUUUCCUGCGACAGAAACAAGACAAAUGCCUGAGGCAUUCAAGAUAUUCACAGGCUCUCCAUGGGUAAUUCUGAGUAGGAACUUCACUGAACAUUGCGUGCAUGGCUGGGACAACCUCCCCCGCAGGCUACUGAUGUACUUUGCCAACGCUGCUUACUCCAUGGAAUCAUAUUUCCAGACUGUCAUAUGCAGUUCAUCUGACUUUAGAAACACCACUGUCAACGGCGAUCUACGUUUCUUUGUUUGGGACGAUCCUCCUGGGCUGGAGCCGCGUAUUCUUGAUGAAACGCAUCUCGAUAACAUGGUGAACAGCAGCGCUGCCUUCGCAAGGCGGUUUGUGGAGGAAGCACCAGUGCUGAAGAAGGUUGAUGAUGAGCUACUGAACCGUUCUUCGGCCCAGUUGGUUCCUGGUGUGUGGUGCCGGAAUUUGGGUGAAAAGCAAGGAGGCGGGGAUGUGGAGGCGUGCUCGGAAUGGGGCGACAUUAACGUUGUCAGGCCUGGGCGUGCUGGAGAGCGGUUGAGGCGCUUCAUAUCUGAGAUCAUUCAUAUAAGAGGAUGCACGGUCGCAGCAGCUAGCUGA